UUUCGAUUACCUCGGCCCGGACACUGUGCAGAAUCGGACGGUUUUGUUCGUCGACGCUGCCGCAGACGCGGCUGCUCUUGGCAAGGCGGUUCGGAACAGCGGCGUUUGGAGUGAUGAAGAGGAGAUAAGAUCUUCUUGUUCGUCGUCCUCCGAGGUGGAGCUACGCGAAGGAGCAAAAAAUGCCAGACGAGCUGCCAGUGGAGAUAUUAAAUCAUCGCAAAAAUCUACAGCCACUGCGAAAAUACCGGUGACCACGCACUUUUCCGCGAAAUAUGGUUUCCGGCUGCCCAUGCGCACGUUUGGCUUCUCAAUGGGAACGACGAGGAGGAUCAGCGCGGGGGAACAAGCUACUUCUGCGUCAGUCACGACUGCAUCUAGCACUAGUUCACCCUCGUCCCUCUUCACCGACGCGAACUCCCUCGACUACCGCCACUUCCGCAUGGCCCAGGCGCACACGCAAUCCGGUUCGAAUCUGUGGCUGGAAGCGGGCAGAAACGAGUUUUUCCAGCACGACAUGGUCGUCGUGGAGCCGAUAUGAACUGCAAAUAUGUCUGGGUUUGGAAGAAUGCAGAAGUUUGUCAUGCAGAUUUUCCAUGACCCACGAGAUGGAGAUCUGUGAUGCAUGCCCUAGCAUCAGAGAUUCUGCGAGGGCUUUCUGAUGCUCAUGCCGCAUGAGAAAUGCCCUCUCCGCGGAGCACAAAUUGCACCUCCUAUGCUGUUCAUGCAAUACAGAUUUUGUGUAGAGUCCAAGGGCAGCAUCACAAAUCCCAUUCUUUCCAGACCCAGACAUAUUUGCAUUUGAUAGCCGAAGUGCAGCUUGUUUCUGGAUAGCAAGUUGCAAGUGGAUGCGUUUGCGGAGUUGCUGAACUACGUUGCGUAUCAAAUGCAAAAAUGUCUGGGUCUGGAAGAAUGCAGGAGUUUGGCAUGCAGAUUUUGCAUGACCCAUGAGGUCUGUGAUGCAUGACCUAGCAUCAGAGAUUUUGCGAGGGCUUUCUGAUGCUCAUAGAUACCGUAUGAGAAACGCCCUCUCCGCUUAGCACAAAUUACACCUCUUUUGCCGUUCAUGCAAUACAGAUUUUAUGUAGAUUCCAAAAGUAGCAUCACAAGUUGUAUCCUUCCAGACCCAGACAUUUUUGCAAUCCAUAUCGCAAAGGAAACUGUGGUGUUGAAAUUGAAUCUGGAAAUGUUGGCGGAGUUGGUGAUUCUCGGGGGAGUGUUUGAGGAUGAAACAUCGAGAACAACAGUAUCUCCCUCUCCUUCUCGUUCUCCUUCUCGUUCUUCUUCUUUAUCUUUUACGGACCUGCUGACCCGCCGAACCCAGUUCCCGGGCACGCGGAUACUGGCAGAGGACGGGUCUUUCGUGUCUGACGACGAGGGACUGGAUGGUGUGGUGGACGUGGAAGUAGUAGAAGAGGAGAAUGAUGAGAAUUUUGUUCAGGAGCGAAGAAAGCUCAACCUGAACCCGCUGAUCUCUAAACUCCUGACCCGCUUCGUGCACAAGCUGAAGCAGGGCUUUGAGAAAAUCCACUUCGCAUUUGACGUGCGCCCGGAGAAAUACGGGGAAAAACGGGAGGGCAAAUUGGGUGCCGACGCGGUGGUCGCGACCGUAACGGAGGCGUUCUUCGAAGAUCGGGAGGAGGAGCGAGACGCAAGCGAAGGGCAAACUACUACUGAGCACGGCCAGAAGAAAGAGUUGCAGUUAAUUUUAGAAGCACAGGAGCUACUGAUCAACGACGGUGUGAUGUGGUCAUCCUCAGGGAGUGAUCAAGAAGAGGGUCAACAACAAGCGCCCCAGAUUUUCGAUAUCUUCGCGUACUUGAAAAAUCUCGCCACGGUGUUUCAGUUCGAAAAUGCCGGAUCAACAAGAACAUCAAACCUAGACGCAGUAUCGCAAUUUGUUAACCAACGGCCGUUCUACUUGAUCGCCGCAAAGCCCACGCCCUGGAAGGCGGACGCCAUGGUGGUGAAAACCAUCCUGGUGGAACCGCAACUCCCGCAGGUAGACACCACGCAGCACGAGCUCCUUGCCACCUCCGCGUUUCUGUUCGGCGCGCACGCGUAUUUCAAACAGCUGACCGGGGAGCGGCGGAGUUCUUUUGUCAGUGUUGGCAGUAGUGGUACUAGCGAUGAUGGUCCAAGGACUUCAAGUUCGAGUAGAACAGUAGGUGCGAUACCACAAGCAGAAAAUGUUGACCUCGAAGAUGAGGUGGAGCCCGAUGUAGUUGAUCUGGACCAGAAAAUCACGCGAGGAAAUUGGAAAACGUUGACAAAACUCUCAUCCUUCACUUUUGGCUCGCGGGAGGCGUUUUUUCUCUACCUGCUCCACCCCACGCCAGGCGACGAGUCCAUCGCGUUUCUCGAACGGUUUGGGAUGUCCUCUUCUCCAGGAGUGACUACGAGGAAUGAGAGGAACAACAACAACCUGAUGUCAACAGAAGCAUCAAAAGAUAGAACCUCCUACCAUGAUCAUGACCCCUACGCCAAUCCGUUUGUCUGCACGCCCGCACUUUUAUACCAUGUUCACAUCAAGAACCAGAUGUCGGAGCACAGCGAGCUGAAGACCGAAUUUUUCCAAAACGCCAUUUCGUUGGACAAGCUGUUCGCCAUGGUGGACGAGGGGGAGGGAGAAGGUGUUGUCGCAGAAGAGGAUAGAAGUACUCGUCAAGGUCGUUUCAUCGACCAUCAAGUUAAAAAUUCUGAACUCUUCCUGUUCGACAGGAAGUACGUGUUGCCGGCGUUGCGGUUGCUUGGUGGGGCUUUCCACGAGGAGGAGGUAGAAGCAAAUGCAACUGGAACUGCAGCUGCGGAUGAUCGUGCGGAAGGAGCUCCUCCUGCAGGACGUGAAGAAGACCAAGAUCUCUCUUAUGUCCUCCGAGCCCGGUUUCUCGCGUUUGUUUUCCACCUGAUCGCGGAGAUGCUGCUGUGUAUGGAACAAAGCCUCGUGCAGCACAACGACUUGUGGGCCUACAACAUUCUCUUCGUCCCCAAGUACCGGAAACUGCUGGUUCUUGACUGGCAAUUGGCGCAGAUCCGGGCGAGGAGGGGAAGCUUUGUGCCGAAGGAACUAGUACCGGUGACGCGGUUUGUGGGGGGAGAAGGUGUAUUAAAUAGCCAGCAGGACGAAGAUCGUGCAGUUACUAAAGUGUCACCAGCAGCAGCAGUGAACGAUGCCCUAAACUUGGUCGAGUCGGAAUAUAACCAGAAUUUUUCCGGUGAUUUGAACUCUGCAGGAGCGGAUUCCGCGGCAUUGGAGCACUUGCUCGACGACGACGAACAUCAAAUCGUGCAGGGUGAGGAGGGUGCAAAAAUAGCAGCAGGUUCAACAUCAGAACAAGCAGGGGAACAAAUAAACGAAAGGCGAACCACCAGCGGCACGACCUCUUCCAGUGACAACUCAGCUUCGGAUGAGUUGUCUUCUACCCCCGCGAAAUCAUCAUCUUCCCGGGCAGCGCUGUUAAUCCACCGUGCGUUCCGGUUCCUUCGCAGAUACGGGUUUGCGAGCACGGAGAUUUUCCCCGACCUGAUUUCUCCCUACACGCCCGUGGAGGGGGGGGAUAGAAAUGCACAUGCAGCGUCGAAUGGUGCCACUCCAAGCCGAAACCAAAAACCACUUUACGUGGAGCCAAAGUCUGACGGAUACAUGCUCAGCUUCCAGCUGGAGGAAUUGUUGAAAUGCGUCGAGGACCCUUCUUCAGGAGAGCACGACCUGAUGAAGGUUACAGAAAGAACGCUGUGCGAGUUGAAGCAAAAGUACCGCUGGGUGGUUUCUUUCUUGCGGCAUCGGGAGGAAGAAAGAACAAGCUCUUCCAGCUGGCCCCUGGAGUGGCUCGCAGAGCGGCUGAAGCAGAACUUUAUACAGUUUGCGGGGGUCUUCGGGCGAGACCACAGGCGGACGGAUAUUGAUAGGGCAUUAAUAUAGCAGCAUAGAGAGCAGCAGCCAGCUGCAGAUGGAGAUAAGUAGCAUUUUCAUCACCCGUCGAACAGCACCACAGCAAUUUCAUACAAUCUUCG